AUUGUAUGAAGUAGUCUGUGAUCUACAUCUGCGAUCGCGCAAGCGCAACGUCGUGAUGUGACGUAAUUGUCCAUUCAUACUUCUUUCUCAUUAAUGAAAAUGAACAUUUCAAAAUAAUAUCUUUCGUGCUGUGUUUGUAGAGCAAUGUAAACAACAGAAUUUCAUGAUUGUGUUUUUCGGAUUUCUGUAUUUAGUAGGAAGUGAAUUAUUUUGGUGAAGAACGUUAAAAAGUGCAUGCAUUCAUUGAUAAAGUGCAGGAGUUAGAGCACAUGCGCACUGCUUUCGUGAAUCAUUUGAACUAUUGGUGUAAUUUUGAUUUUAGAUAGAUCAUUAUAAAAUGUGCUUACAAGCGGAUUGUGUGUCAUAUUAAAAUGUUUGGUUGUGUUGUAAGUUGUUGAAACUCCAAAACAGGCUGAAGUAGAACAUUACGACACUCCGGAAGUGGCGGGACAGUCAAGCCGGCCGAGCUCGUUCCGAAAGAGAUAACAACGGAUGAAAGAGAUAAACAGUAAUGGAUUUAACAUGGCGGACGAUACGCGUAAAGUGCGAGUUGAAGAAAGAUUGAAAAUAAAGAUUGGUGAAGCCAAAAAUUUACCAAGACGCAGCCAUGGCGGAACUUGCGACCGGGACAUUUACUGCGUGCUGUCCCUUGACCAGGAGGAAAUAUUCCGCACUUCCACUAUGGAACGGACUCUCAACCCAUUUUUUGGAGAAGAAUUCCAGUUCGAGGUCCCCAGGCGAUUUAGAUACCUCUCAAUAUACGUGUUCGACCGUGACAAGCAUCUCAAGCAGGACAAAGUGCUCGGAAAAGUUGCAAUCAAACGAGAAGAUCUCCACCUAUAUAAGAAGGACCAUUGGUUCGCCUUGCGUCCAGUCGACGCUGACUCGGAGGUGCAAGGCAAAGCGCAUAUCGAGCUGUCACUUGAGGACUCAAGAAAACGACUGCGAAUGGAGCCGAAGCCGCCUGACCCCGCCGAUUUCGACAACAAUUCGUCGAAGCUGAAAGGAAACAACCUCGUCAGACUCUCCGAGUACUGCAAAGAGAGUAUAAAGUUCGGCUCGUGUUCGAGUUCGACGAGUAAAAAACUUUUAAGCUCCGUUGCGACGGAGCCUUCUUUAGCUUUAUCGCGUUCCGAAAGUUUGAAGGAUAGAGCGCAAUGGGGGACCCGAAAUAAGCCCCCGAUGCAUGCGAUGUCUGAAUCGGACGCACUACCCUCACCCACCGCCGCCGACUACUGGUCGGAUCCCGAACGCCACUGCGCAGCGCGCGUCGGCCCAGACACUCUCCGGCUAAGAGUCUUGGAGUGUUCUGAACUCACCACUAAAAACGGACAGUGCGAUCCGUUCGCUCUCGUCACAUUGUUGUACUCGAACGGACGAAAAGUGGAGAAACGCACGAAACCCAGAAAGAAGACUGUUAAUCCUCAAUUCGAUGAUAUAUUUCGUUUUGAUCUCGUUAUGGACGCCGACCCCAAGGACAAGGAUAGCUCCCAAUCGGCUGGCGUGGCAUGUGAGGCUAGAGUGUCCGUAUGGCACGACGCAGCGACGCCGGUCUUCCUCGGCGAGGUGCGGUUGCAACUACGACAAACCGCACCUUCACCACUGCGAGCAUGGUUCUUCCUUACGUCCCGUGCGGGGGGCGCGUUAUCCCGCGGCGCGACGCCCCCAGGCACGCGACUAUCAGCCGGCAGUUCCACGCUCGGCUCGUUGAGGCUCCUACUGCAGUAUACAGUAGACCACGUGUUCCCCUUAGAUCAUUACAGGAAGUUGGAGGAGCUGUUCCUGAGAAGCGUGCAUCAGAAGCCAAUCACAGCGUCGGCGGUGUACAUUUUGGGAGAGAUAGUGUCAAGUAAAAACGACGCGGCGCAGCCACUGGUUCGGCUGUUCACUCAUCAUGAUCUCAUCGUGCCCAUUGUCAAGGAGCUUGCCGAUUCCGAGAUAUCGGCUCUCACGGACGCGACCACGAUAUUCCGCGGCAACACGCUAGUUUCAAAAAUGAUGGACGAAACGAUGCGUCUGACAGGCGCUUCAUAUCUGAGAGGUGUCCUGAGGCCGACGCUAGCGGCAGUACUGGCGGAGAAGAGGCCCUGCGAGAUCGACCCCACGCGAGUCAAACCUUCCGCGGCUAUAUCCACCAACCUGGCUAAUUUGAAGGACUACGUGGAGAGGGCACUUGAUAUGGCGUCAAAACUUAGCAACAAUGUGCGCCAACCUUGGUAUCUUAUAGGUGUUUCGAUUGACGCUACCGUCAGUCCUGGCAGAGAAGAGGCCCUGCGAGAUCGACCCCACGUGGGUCAAGCCUUCUGCGGCUCCAUCCACAAUCUGGCCCACUUGAAGGACUACUUCGAGAGAGAUCCUCAGACGAAUAGGACGUUGACGCUGAUCUCCAAGACUAUUCAGUCGCUAGGCAACCUGGUGAGCAGCCGCUCCGCCCAGCAGGUCUGCAAGGAGGAGUACAUGGCCGAGCUCUACCGCAGCUUUUGCACGCCCAGACAUGUGCAAGCAAUAAGGCAGUUCCUCGAAAUAAUCUCCACCAGUACAGAAACCCAAAACAACAACAUACAAGAAACACCCAUCUUACUUAAGGAAGGCCGUCUGUUCCUGUCCGGCGUGCUGGCCGUCGCUGCCGUCAACUGCCUGCCCGCCGGCGCGCCGCUGGGUGCCAACAACAUAUUCCAGAUAGGUUGCGGGGCGACGGAAGGAUCUGCUCUCGCGUUGCGGCUGGACCCGGCGCGGGAUCUUCAAAGACUGCACGCGUUACUCGUUCAACAUGCGCAAAAACUCGACGAAAGACUGUUGCGGCCGCCGGACGGCACCAGUAUAGAAGAACGUGAAGCCGAGGCGUCGACGUUGAAAGAAUUGCAAGAAGCUAUUUUCGACCUCGAACAUCGCCAUCGAACCUACAGGCGGUCGCUCGCCAGAGAGACUAAAUAUGGCAGCAAGCAAGCGCCUAUAGGCGACGACAACUAUCUUCACCUAGCGGGCGCCGCGGGCAACGUGGACAGCGACUUCCACUGGCGGCCGUGGCGCAGCGACACCUCACCCACCAUCGACCUAGACGGCAAGUCCCUGCCGAUGCGAUCCUCCUUCGACAUCGGCUCCAGCACCGAGUCCGUCAGGCUCGGCCGGCACGGCGACGAGCGAUCCUCUGGCAAGUCCAACAAGUCCACCACCAGCGGGUACCUGACAAUGUCCUGUCUGAAGCACGAGCCGUCCGAAGACAGCGACGCGUCCGCGGACAAGCCCGCCCGGCCGCCCAAGCCGGCGCGUCUCUCCCCCGCCCGAGCGCCCGGCCCCCUCUGCGAGUAUGUAGAGGUGGAGCCGCGCCCGCCCGAGCGCAAACCCAAGCCGGACACGAGCCCGCCCAAGAGGCCCGACGCCGAGCUCGAGUACCGCUGCAAGGAGUACGAGCUGAUGACCAACUUCAUGUCGCACGCGCGCGCCCCGGCAGAGGAGGCGCCACCCGCCGUGCCCCCGCGGGGCCACACCGCCGCCCGCGCGCGCCUGCACCCCAAGCCCCCCGAUCUGGACACUUCGCGCCCCCUGCUGCGUUCCCCUUCACCGCACGACACCCGCGGCCUCUACCAGGACGAGCACUCCCACUGCGGCUCCACCACCAGCCUCCCCAGCGACUCGGCCCGACACCUCGAACCCGACCGCCCGCACAGCAAGAUCGACACCGUCUCCAACGACGACAGCCUCCUCGACGAGCUGCAGAGGGACACCUACUGCGUGCUCAAAGUCUGCGAGGACGACACACCCGAGGAAGAGUCCAACGAGACGGGCCCCGACGAGGACGACGCCGAAAAGAAGGAUCACCAGCCAUUCUCUCGGUCGAGCAUGAAGAGGAAGUCCAAUCCGAUCAAGUCGCAAACGAACGCCGCGAAGCCUCUCAAAACGUCAAAUUCGACAUCGAACGUGCACGACGCAGCUGGGUCGUCGUCGCGGCCGUUCACGGAUCGUCUGACGCCAUUUUUUCGGAAGAAGAAAAAGCCCCCGGAGGAGCAGGUGACGGGUAAAUGCGCACGGAAGGAGGACAAUCUCAUCGGGCGGCUUACGCCGCGCUUCGGGCAAUCGCGGUUGUACGGGCGCGGGCAGUCACUCGAGCUGGCGAGUGAGGGCGGGCGCGGGAAGCGCAUCGAGCGCUCGCCCACGGCGGUGAGCAUGCCCACGCGGCCCAUCAACUCGUCCAUCGUGGCCAACCUCAAGUUCCUGAGCCUGCACCGGUACGGCGCGCAGGAGGAGGUGCAGUGCCGCGGGUUCGUGCGCACGGGUGAGCCGCCCCCGCCGCCGCCCGUGCCGCACCCCGCCGAGCCCGCACCCGCGCCCGCCCUCGGCCGCCCCUGCCCCUGCCCCUCCCCGCCGCCCGACGCCCUUGAGCCCGCCUGGCGCCGCACCUCGCUGCUCGCCACCGCUCCCAACGAUAUUAGACUAUAGCCCCCGCCCCUUAUCUAUAACAUAUCUAAUAUAUUGUUGGAAGUCACCGAACAUCCCGCUCGAGGCAGCUCCCCUACGGUGGUCGCCGAUGGGAUAGAUUUCGGUAUCGUUUGAUUUGAAUACUCAGAAGGUGCCAAGUGUUGUGCUAACUCGUCGCGUCCUCGACGGACGGACGGACUCUCAUUCCUGUAGCGCGUUGAUAUUGUGCAAUUUUUAUAAUAUUGUUCACUUGAAGUGUACUUUUUUCGAAUCCUCUUUCGUGGAUUCGCCCUACGAGGUAUAUAGUAUUUUUAUAUAUUUGAAUAUUUCGCAUAGUGUAUUAGAAAAAUAUUAACUUUACUAUAGUUAUCUCGAAUGAUGACUGCUACUAAACACUGAUUAAUCUUGACGAUAUACGACGCGAGCUUCCUGAAGCUCGCUUGACAGAAAUCCUUAUCCGCGACGGCUGCGUCUUUUUACAGUGAUCGGUGUUAUCCUCCAUUAGCAUGUACUUAAGUUCCGCUGUAAGGAUAAUUUUCACUAAAUAUUCUAAAUGAAGUGCAUCAUGUAAUUAAUUAUGAAUGGCCUUAUGAUAAGUCUCGCCUACAAUCUUGGCCUUUAAUUGUGAUUCACUAUACGAGUUCUGCUCAUAUAAUAUAAAUAUUAGUGUAUAUAUAGAUAUCAGUCAAUUGAAAUUUUAAUCGAAUAUUAAAUAUUUCACAGGAGAAUUAUUAUUAACUUUGUAAUCUAGUAGUUAUAAUUUGCAAAAAGUUUAGUUGUAUAAUCUGAAUUGGAGAUGUUAAAACUCAGAUUUGUAUUUAUGUGCGUUGUUGUCUUCUCCAUGCAGAGAUGAUUUUAAUAAUUAUAAGAAAAUAAAAGUAAUGUACAAAUUAAUAUUUCUUAAAAUUAUGCAUUAUUAUGUUAUUUAUUCCUAUUUUCAUUUUGUUAAUAAAAUUUUCUCAUAAGCUCAAACUUAA